CCCACUUUACAACACUAAUCACAGCUGAUAAUCGGCCUGCUUUUUUUCAAUUUACUCAAUUUUUCUCGGUAAAUUAAUUUAAAUACAAUAUAAAAUGCCCGUUGUGGUCGUGACUGAAGCCGAGGAAUACCAGAAGCGCAUAAAUGCGGACAAGACGACCGUGGCCCUGUUUGCCGCCGACUGGGCAGAGCAAUGUGGUCAGGUAAAAGAUGCGCUGGAGGAGCUGUCCAAGAUAACAGGAGACAAACUGCAAUUCAUCAGCCUAAAUGCCGAACAAUUUCCAGAGAUUUCCAUGAAGCAUCAAAUCGAAGCUGUGCCCACAGUCAUCUUCUUUGCGAAGGGCUCGGCAGUGGACCGCGUCGAUGGUGUGGACAUUGCAGCCAUUAGUAGCAAAUCCAAGAAAUUGGCCGAGAGUGCCAGCAGUGCUGCGGCCACUGGUCAAACUCUGGAGGAUCGUCUAAAGGCCCUGAUCAACACGGCUCCGUUGAUGAUAUUCAUGAAGGGCGACCGGAAUGGCCCGCGCUGUGGAUUCUCCAAGCAGCUUAUCGGGAUUGUAAACGAAACAAAUUUGCCGUAUGAAACCUUCGACAUCCUGGGCGAUGAAGAGGUGCGCCAGGGCCUUAAAACUUUCUCCGACUGGCCGACAUACCCGCAGGUGUAUGUCAAGGGCGAAUUGAUUGGCGGACUGGACAUCAUCAAGGAAUUACUGGCUAACAAUGAACUCGAAGCAACGCUUAAGGGUUGAUUCCAUCCUACUCUCCCUCAGGACACCACAAAUCAGGAACAAACUAUUUUGCUAAGUCCAUUGAUUUUUCAUAUGGAUUAAUAAAGACGAAAAAAAAAACUGUA